AUGGGAAAGAAGCCCAAACACCGGGGGGCCGCAAAACUGGCGGGGGCUUGUGAUAUCGGAGCAGUAACCCCCGCGCCGAACCAAGAUGGCGACUCUGCCUCGGCGUCCUCUGCAGAACAGCUCCUAAAUGAGCUGGACGACUUCCCCGGCACAGGGGGAUUACACAGUGUAUCUUCGGAUGACGACAACGACCUGCCCUCCACCAAAGGGGACAUAAAAGCCCUCCUAUGCAAUAUACGCUCCCUCUUCGCGGCAGACAUGGCGGUCCUGAGAGAAGAGAUUCACACCGUGGAGGGGCGAGUGAGGAAGACAGAGGCGGAAUCGCAGAGCCUCACCGCACUCUGUGUACAAUUAGAGGCUCACAACACAGAGCUGCAGCGCACUCAGACACUGCUCACCACCCGCCUGGACGCAAUGGAGGACCGGCAUAGAAGCCGCAACGUGAAGAUCAGAGGGGUCCCCGAAACAGUGACCCAGGAAGGCCUACAGGGAUAUCUUGGGCGACUCCUCGCCUCCCUGCUCACACCACAGCAGAUGAAGAUGGCCCUAACAGACGGGUCUUAUAGAAUUCCAAGGACCACUAGAGCCCCAGCAGACACCCCAAGAGACAUCAUCCUCCAAUUUCAAACGCGGACGGGCCAAGCAACCUUUAUGGCGGCGGUGAGAGGAAAGGCAUCCCACCUCUUCGAGACAGCUAGCCUGUCGUUCUUCCAAGACCUAUCCAGGCCCAUGUUGUUGUGGAGAAGCCUCCUCAAACCCCUGACGACCGCUCUCCGCCAAGCCUCAGUCCCAUAA